AAAUACCUCACCAGUCAGCUGACACUGUUGUUGCAGUUGUAGCAGAGGAACUUACGAUCCGGUAGCAAUUUUCCCGUCUGGUCGGCUGUUCGAUAUAUUUUGUGGUUUCAACGCUCAACGAUAGAACAAAAGUACAGAAAUUGACAGGGGAUCAUGGAUUCACACUUUAUUGAGUCACUGACAUGUCCAAUAUGUUUGGAGCUGGUAGAAGAUGCGGUUGAAGCAAGUUGUUGCCAUCAAGUAUUCUGCGACAGAUGUAUUCUUUCUGUUUCUCGCGACUGUUGUCCAAAAUGUCGCAAACCGUUUGAAACCUUUGUUUCCCACAUCACCCGUCGCUUGAUAGAUACAAUGCCGCGUAGCUGCCCUUUUCCAGGCUGCAACGUAAAAUUGUCAAAAUCAGAGCUAAAGCACCACGAGAAAGCAUGCGAGCAUCGCAUUUACAAUUGCCCCGUUUCCAGUUGCAAGUACGAAGGUCUACGUCCAGAUUUCGCUGCUCACAUUGCCUUGACACACGAAGAAAGCUUGGUACGGAAUGCUGAAGCGAUUUUAACCCAGUCCGGACGUAGACGAGAUGUUGAAGUCAAAGAUGAUGUUGAUCUUGUUGCUACCAGAACUAAUUCGAGGGGAUUUACAUGUCGGCUUGGGUCAAGUGGCAAAUAUUAUUGUGGGCAGCGAUUAGAUGGGCCAAGAUGCACUUGCUGUGACGGAGGUUGUGGUCCGACGAAUGGAUGCAAUUGUAGUGCCUGCAUGAAGGAAGAUGUGAAAACAAGAAAACUUCCUAAAAACUGGUUUGUAAAUAGAGAUGGAGCAGUUUGUAGAAUUGGUAGUGAGACAGGAACAAUGUACUGCGGAAGGCGCGUGAUGCCAUGUAACAGGAAUUGCGAUGGAUAUUGCGGGCCUACAAACGGACCUAACUGUGAGUCUUGUAGGAUCUUACUUUCUCAAAUAUCAACACGGUACACAUCUGUUUGGAAGUAACCUUUUUUAUUCUAUCAUUGUUAGUAAUAUGUUUCUAUGAUUGCACAUUUAACUUUUGUUCGUGUAGCUAUUUUAAACUACAAUUCCAUGUGUACGUUUUGAUAUGUUGAUGAUUUUGCUAUAAAAAUGUACUGAAAAAAUCAACAGUUUUUUCCUUUUUGAAAUUGCUGAAAUAUACGGUUUUCUACAUGAUAUCUCAUUCAAUGCCCGUGUUAGUCUAAAAAUCAACAACUGACGAUUCCCCGUGUUUUUGCUGGGGAAUCCAUUGAAGCAGUAGGGAUCCACUAUCAUUGAGUGUUAGAAAUAUCAGUAUUUACCAUUAUACAGAAAUCUUCUGACCGGAACUGUUUAUUGUAAGCGUGGAUGAGGAAGACCGAAAACUAUGGUUUCUGACAACAUAAAAAAGAAUAUGAGUGCAAAGGGUUUCACUGAAAUCUGCAUGAUGGUACAAGAUCGUAAAUUGUGGAGAGCAAUAGGGGAUCAUAGUGAACCUUCUGUUACUUGAUGAUGAGAAAUCCAAGCUGGCACUUCAAAUCAAUUGAAGAUUCAUCAUGCUGUUCUGCACUCAGAACUCUUGGUAUUAUGAGACAAACGAAUAAAAGAUAAUCACAGUUAUAUAAGUCAUGAAAAUUUGAUGACUCAUUGUGAACCGAAGGACAAUUCCAAUCAAAAUCAUGCAAAAUCAGAAUUUGCUCAACUUUGACUCUCCAGAUUAGGGAAGAUCGGGAAAUUGCCAGGUUGGCUCAACGACAAUGGGGUAGAGAAAAGACAAUGUCAAUGCAGGCAAAGACGCUUUGUUGCCUAGCAUCUCAAGGAUGUUUUAAUAGUAUGCCCAGGUGCAAAAUGAACAGUUGCAUUGGUUUAGAAGAAAGAGUCUUCAUAACAAAAGUUUUCCAUUGCCUUCUAACAACACAAUAUGUAAAUCAUUAAUUAUCAACAAAAACACUGUUUUAUUUUUACCCCAUAUCUAUAAGAUCUAGGAGAAACCUCAUUAUCUGCUCCUAAACAUGGCUUGCAAAGAGAAGCAGUCGACGCUCGUUUACUUUUAAGAGACGAUACGUUUCCGGCAAUUUACAAUAAAGUAGCUGAAUUUGAUAACUUUUCUGGUAAAUUUGGUACUCGAGAGGCGCUAUAGCCCUCACUUACCCUAUUUGCUACACCCAUGGGAAGUAUAUCUCGGCGUUUUGCGGUGCUCUUAACCUUGUUUAUUUUAUCUAGUUCGCCGCAAGUAUCAUUUUGGGAGUCUGUCAAGCAAUUUUGGUACCGUGACCUUAACAUUAAUUGCACUUUUCCAGAAGUUAGCGGAGCUUGUGCUCCUUGUGCCCCUGUUCGAACGCCAUUACUUGUCUCUCGCAUUUUACAAGAAUGCCAUUCAAAAUUCUUAUACAAACUAACUUAAAUCGUUGAAUCCUACUAUUACAUCUCCCUGAUUUGAAAGAGAUGGAAUGGCAAAAUGCCUUGCCCUAAAGCAAGUUUAUUUUUUUUUUCAUUUUUGUUUUUAUAUUAAAUUCUUAUUUCAACACGAUAUCCCAUCAGAAACCUAAAUACAAGUUAUGAUAAGCUAAAAAACUAAUAAUGGAAGACAAAAUUUU